CCGCGGGAACGGAUGGCGGCCUGGGCCCCGUAGCAGCGGCGGCUGUACGGCCCGGGGCCCGGGCGGGCGGAGGUGGCGGCUCCCGGGACCGGCCGCGCGCAAUGAUGUUGUCCACUGGGCAUGUACUGACCAAUGUGGCAGGUCUGAGAACAUAGCUGAAGCUGAAAAUAGGAAAGCUGGGGGCAAGGAAGAGCCUUGAAUCUUGAGGUGGGACGUUGACUCUAAGAUGUCCUUGAGCAGUGGAGCCUCCGGAGGGAAAGGAGUGGAUGCAAACCCGGUUGAGACAUACGACAGUGGGGAUGAAUGGGACAUUGGAGUAGGGAAUCUCAUCAUUGACCUGGACGCCGAUCUGGAAAAGGACCAGCAGAAACUGGAAAUGUCAGGCUCAAAGGAGGUGGGGAUACCAGCUCCCAAUGCUGUGGCCACACUACCAGACAACAUCAAGUUUGUGACCCCAGUGCCAGGCCCUCAAGGGAAGGAAGGCAAAUCAAAAUCCAAAAGGAAUAAGAGUGGCAAAGACACUAGCAAACCCACUCCAGGGACUUCCUUGUUCACUCCAAGUGAGGGGGCAGCUAGCAAGAAAGAGGUGCAGGGGCGCUCAGCAGACGGUGCCAAUGCAGGAGGCUUGGUUGCUGCCAUUGCUCCCAAGGGCUCAGAGAAGGCGACUAAGGCAUCUCGCAGUGUAGCUGGCUCCAAAAAGGAGAAGGAGAACAGUUCGUCUAAGAGCAAGAAGGAGAGAAGCGAAGGAGUGGGGACUUGUUCAGAAAAGGAUCCUGGGGUCCUGCAGCCCGUUCCAUUAGGAGGACGGGUUGGUCAGUAUGAUGGAAGUGCAGGGGUGGACACAGGCGCUGUGGAGCCACUUGGGAGUAUAGCUAUUGAGCCUGGGGCAGCGCUCAAUCCUUUGGGAGCUAAACCGGAGCCAGAGGAAGGGGAGAAUGAGUGUCGCCCGCUAAAGAAAGUGAAGUCUGAAAAGAUGGAGUCCCCUGUCUCCACACCAGCGGUGCUACCACUCCACCUUUUGGUGCCAGUUGUCAAUAAUGACAUAUCAUCUCCCUGUGAGCAGAUCAUGGUUCGUACCCGAUCAGUUGGAGUCAAUACAUGUGAUGUGGCUCUAGCCACAGAGCCCGAGUGCUUGGGCCCCUGCGAACCUGGAACCAGUGUCAACCUUGAAGGCAUAGUGUGGCAAGAAACGGAAGAUGGGAUGUUGGUCGUGAAUGUGACGUGGAGGAACAAGACCUACGUGGGUACGCUUCUGGACUGCACACGGCAUGACUGGGCACCCCCAAGGUUUUGUGACUCCCCCACCAGUGACUUGGAAAUGCGCAAUGGGCGGGGUAGAGGCAAACGCAUGCGUCCCAACAGCAACACGCCUGUCAACGAGACGACCGCCACUUCGGACAGCAAAGGGACCAGCAGCAGCAGCAAAACCCGGGCUGGAGCCAACAGCAAAGGCCGUCGGGGCAGCCAGAAUUCUUCAGAGCACCGCCCCACUGCUACCAGCGCCUCCGAGGAUGUCAAAGCCAGCCCUUCCUCAGCAAAUAAGCGCAAAAAUAAGCCCCUUUCAGACAUGGAACUGAAUUCAAGCUCAGAGGACUCCAAAGGGAGCAAGCGUGUCCGUACUAAUUCCAUGGGCUCAGCCUCUGGGCCCCUUCCUGGGACCAAAGUAGAACCCACUGUUCUGGACAGAAACUGUCCCUCCCCUGUUCUGAUUGACUGUCCCCACCCCAACUGCAACAAGAAGUAUAAGCACAUCAAUGGGCUUAAGUACCACCAGGCUCAUGCCCACACAGAUGACGACAGCAAGCCGGAAGCAGAUGGAGACAGCGAGUAUGGGGAGGAGCCAGGCCUCCAUGCAGACCUCACUGGCUGCAACGGUGCUGCCAGCUCUCAGAAAGGCUCCUUGUCCCCUGCCCGCUCAGCCACCCCCAAAGUCCGGCUCGUGGAGCCCCAUAGCCCUUCUCCUUCAAGCAAAUUCAGCACAAAAGGUCUCUGUAAGAAAAAGUUGAGCGGGGAAGGGGAUACGGACCUUGGGGCUUUAUCCAAUGACGGCUCUGAUGACGGGCCCUCGGUGAUGGAUGAAACAAGCAAUGAUGCCUUUGACUCUUUGGAGAGGAAGUGUGUAGACAAAGAAAAAUGCAAAAAACCCUCUGGUUUGAAGCCAGAGAAGGUUCCUUCCAAGAGCUUGAAAUCAGCCCGGCCCAUCGCCCCUGCCCUCCCACCACAGCCCAUCUACACCCUGCAGACGGCCACCUUCACGGCCGCCAGCCCAGGCUCCUCAGCAGGCCUGGCCACAACCGUGGUGCAUGCCAUGCCCAACAGCCCCCAACUCAAGCCCAUCCAGCCCAAGCCCACUGUCAUGGGAGAACCAUUCACAGUGAACCCUGCCUUGACCCCGGCCAAGGACAAGAAAAAGAAAGACAAAAAAAAGAAGGACUCCUCCAAGGACCUUGAAAGUCCUCUGACCCCUGGGAAGGUGUGCCGAGCAGAAGAUGGCAAAAGCCCCUUCCGGGAAUCCUCUGGAGACGGGAUGAAAAUGGAGGGCCUCCUAAAUGGCUCCUCUGACCCCCACCAGAGCCGCCUGGCCAGCAUCAAGGCAGAAGCUGACAAGAUCUACAGCUUCACGGACAAUGCUCCCAGCCCCUCCAUCGGGGGUGGCAGCCGCCUGGAGAGCACGACCCCCACCCAGCCCCUCACACCCUUACACGUGGUAACACAGAAUGGAGCUGAAGCCAGCUCUGUCAAAACCAACAGCCCCGCGUACUCAGACAUCUCUGACGCAGGGGAGGACGGGGAGGGCAAGGUGGACAGUGUCAAGUCAAAGGACUCUGAGCAGUUGGUUAAGGAAGGGGCCAAGAAAACUCUCUUCCCCCCUCAGCCACAGAGCAAAGAGUCUCCCUAUUACCAAGGCUUUGAGAGUUACUACUCUCCAAGCUACGCCCAGUCCAGCCCUGGGGCUUUGAACACCAGCAGCCAGGCCGGAGUGGAGAGCCAGACUUUGAAGGCCAAAAAGGAUGAAGAACCCGAGAGCCUAGAGGGCAAGGUGAAGAAUGACGUGUGCGAGGAGAAAAAGGCAGAGCUGAGCGCCUCUGGCCAGCAGCCCUCAGUCAUCCAGCAGCGGCCCAACAUGUACAUGCAGUCGCUCUACUACAACCAGUAUGCCUACGUGCCCCCCUACGGCUACAGCGACCAGAGCUACCACGCACACCUGCUGAGCACCAACAGCGCCUACCGACAGCAGUACGAAGAGCAGCAGAAACGACAGAGCCUGGAGCAGCCGCCACCACCACCACAGCAGCGGGGGCUGGACAAGAAGGCUGAGCUGGGUCUCAAGGAGCGGGAGGCGUCCCUCAAGGAGGAGUGGAAGCCAAAGCCAUCAGUCCCACCGACUCUCACCAAGGCCCCCAGCCUGACAGACCUGGUCAAGUCGGGGCCCACCAAGGCCAAGGAGCCGGGCGCCGACCCUGCCAAGUCAGUCAUCAUCCCCAAGAUGGACGACUCUGCAAAACUCCCCAGCCAGGCCCCCGACAGCCUCAAAGGGAAGCUGAGCGAGGCCAGCCACCUCGGCAAGGAGGCCUCCGAGGCUAAGCCAGGUGUUGACUGUGGCCGACAGGCCGAGGUGGAUCCGAUACUCUGGUACCGACAGGAGGCAGAGCCCCGGAUGUGGACGUAUGUCUAUCCUGCCAAGUACUCCGACAUCAAGUCAGAGGAUGAACGGUGGAAGGAGGAGCGGGACCGCAAGUUGAAGGAGGAAAGGAGUCGGAGUAAGGACUCUGUCCCCAAGGAGGAUGGGAAGGAAAGCACAAGUAGUGACUGCAAGCUGCCCACGUCUGAGGAGUCCCGCCUUGGGAGCAAGGAGCCCCGGCCAAGUGUCCAUGUGCCUGUGUCCUCCCCCCUCACCCAGCACCAGUCCUACAUUCCCUACAUGCACGGCUACUCCUACAGCCAGUCCUAUGACCCCAACCACCCCAGCUACCGGGGCAUGCCUGCUGUGAUGAUGCAGAACUACCCAGGUUCUUAUUUGCCUUCCAGCUACUCUUUCUCCCCAUACGGCAGCAAGGUUUCAGGUGGCGAAGAUGCUGAGAAGGCACGGGCCAGCCCCAGUGUCAGCUGUAAAGCCAGCUCUGAGUCCAAAGCCCUGGACAUCCUGCAGCAGCAUGCCAGUCACUACAAGAGCAAGUCUCCCACGAUAAGUGAUAAAACUUCUCAGGAGAGAGAUCGGGGAGGCUGUGGGGUGGUUGGGGGCGGUAGCAGCUGUAGCAGCGUCGGGGGAGCAGGCGGGGGUGAACGCAGCGUCGACCGGCCCCGCACUUCUCCUUCCCAGCGCCUGAUGUCCACACACCACCACCACCACCACUUGGGGUACUCGCUGCUCCCAGCACAGUACAACCUCCCCUAUGCAGCAGGGCUCUCUUCCACAGCCAUUGUUGCCAGCCAGCAAGGCUCCGCUCCCUCCCUCUACCCGCCCCCCAGGAGGUGAGAAUGGACACCCAGUGCCCGGAAAAAAUCGGCUUUACGGCCCGGACUGGCUCACCCCAGGAGGUGCUGGAGGUGCCACUUAGACAUCAGUUAGAUGGCGUGGAUCAUCCUGUUUGCCGUUUCCACCAUGCCUGAAGGGAGACCCCUGGACUCCAUGACUCUCUUCCUCGGGAGCUGGCAAGCUGGUACUUAGCGAAAAUAUUUAUUCUCUGGGCCACAACCAAGACUGUCGUGGCCUCCGUGGAGAUGAUGGCACAGGGAGCAGCCAGGGGAGCACGGCCUCAGCCCAGAGAAAGUCACUGCUCUGUUCCCCUAGCCCCUGGUCUGCUGCCAGGGCAGUGCUCCCUGGCCCCAGCCCAAGGAGGGUCCUGCAAGCACUGGGUAAGGGCUGAAGACAGCACAGCAGCCAUACCCCACUCCCCGUCAUCACCACCAUCCCCAGUUCCUGCAGCUCCCCAGGGGUGUGGGCCCUGGGCAUUGGCAGCAAGUGGAGGAAUUAGAAUCUCAGGAAAGAAAUGGGGGGAUUGUUUUCCCUAUUGUGAAAACAAGGUCUUUGAACCUGGAGAAAUCUCCCUCUCACAUGAGCACACAGAAGCGCUCAGAGCCUGGCCUGGGAAGGCCAACCGGGGCCCUCGCCCACCCUGGCCUCGGGCUGCCUCUCCCUGUCAGGCAGAGGGCAGGGGCUCCGGCCGCAGCAUGGCACUGGAGCGUGGAGGCUGUGAAACGGAACCUGCACCCCCCCCACCCCCCCACCCCCGGUCCUGCUGCUUCUUACCCCAACUCAUGGCCCCUUUCUCCUUUCUCUUCAUCCCUGGAUGCCUCUUCCAGGGAGAUACCCACACUGCUCUCACCUCUUCUUUUCUGUUGCUCAGCCCUUAAGACUCAGGCAGGUAAACUAGUCUUUCCUCCCCGCCAGCACGGGGAACCUCAGUCUGCUUGGUCACUGGAGGGCAAGGCCCAGGAGACAGGCCCUGCCUGCCCACAGUGGUCCUUGGUGAUGUCCUGUCCAUUCCACCCUCUGAGUGUCUUCCUCAUUUAGGGCCGCAGAUACAUAUAUAUACACAUAUGUAAUCCAAUUCCUGUCCAUAAAUACGUUUUAUAUAGCCCAGUCUGUAACCUCUAUAUGUGCCGAUAUAAGCUGUGUUUUAACACACGUGUUUGGUAUAAGGGCCACUGGCCCUAGGAGGUUAUCUAUUCCUUAGGUCUGGGAACGCAUCCUCCAAGCACUGCUCGUAGCGUGGUGUGGCAUGGCGUGGCAUACUGAGCUUGGGGUGGCAAGCAGUUCUCCGCCCUCCAAAACACAGUAUCCCAGUCCCAGCUUGUCGCCUGUGUCCUGGAGUCGCUUCCUCCCCAGGAUGAGCAGCCCUUGCUCCUCUUGCACGUUAGAGGACUCGGCCCUUUUUUCUCCUCUUGUCUUCCUGACCCUCUGAUUAAGACAGACCAAGAAUGACCACAGACCCGAGCCCAAGCUGAAGGGUGUUUUCAUGAGCAGACAGCCAAAAGUGACGAGGAGCUCGACUCCCCUUCAUUCUGGAGAACAGUGUGCUGGGGGACAGUAAGCACAAUGCCCAGGAGAGGGUGGCUCCUAAGACCCCUGACCCUACUCAUAGAGAAGCCUAGGGACGUUUUUUCCAAGGGGAACCCCUCUUGCCCACAGCCCUUACCCUAGGCUUCCGGGUCCUUGUUCUCGUUUGAGUCAUGUUCUGAAUCCUCCCAGACAACCCAUUGUUUUAGACCUCUCCCCCGACAUGCCAUCGGCCCCUCUGCCUGCUGCCCCCCGUGGGCAGUGCUGAGCAGUGACUUCCUUUCAUCCAAGGAAGUGGCAGGUGUGGACACCUUCACCUCACCUCACCUGAGUCAGCCCCCGCCGAGAGGGUAGCUGAAUUCGGUCCAGUGAACCCCAGGCUGCUCCGGGGCGGAGACAAAGGCCCAGCUAUGUUGCCGUUUGUUUUUAGAUAAUGCUGUGUGUUUUGUAUUAUCUGUGGCACUGGUCUAAGGUGUGCUCUGUACAUACUGUAAAGAAAGAAACUGUUGGAGGAAAUGGUCUUUCUUGCUGGGCAGGGGUAGUCCCACCUUCCUGCCCUUUCCACUUCAUUCUGUAACACAGAGAGGAGGAACUUCUGUAUUAGCAAGGGCAGCCUUGGGUUCUGCAGAAGGGACAGCUUUUAUCUUUUUUUUCCCCUUUAAAAACCAUCUGGCUCUUUGAUCCUUAUGUCUAAGUCUCGCAAUAGGGCAGGCAGAAGCCACAGCGGCAGAGUUGGCACUGCCUUCCAGCCCCUGAUCCCUGCCUUUCCCUGGGAUCGCAGCACUCCGGGGAUCCUAGAUGAUUUCUGAGAUUGGCCAUACUCUCCCAGGCUCUCUCUGUGGCACCUUACACCUACCCAGUCACCAGAGUCAUGGGGCAUUCACCAGGGCUCCCUGCCCCAUGAGCCAGCUCUGCACAGAUUUGCUGCUAAGGGCCCAGACCACCAGACCCAGCCUCUCUCCAAGCCACACCUGCUGCUCCCCGGGCUCCCCAGGGAGAAGCGGCUAAGGAAAAGUAGCCUCACCCCCAGGUGAGAUUGCCAAGGCCCGGAUCGGCGCUUUUCCGGAUUCAUGGCAACUUGGCCCUCACUGAAGGUGCGCCAGUUCCUCUGGUCCCCUUCCCCUGCCUCGCACAUGGCAAUGUAUAGUUAUGAAAUGUCCCUUCCCCCUUCUCUCCAAACACCUCAAGAUUAAAAGACCCACAGAGAAGGGUAAGAGGUGACCCUGUGAAAUCCAGUAGUGAUUUCUUCAGUCUCUUCUCUCCAGGUUCCAGAGUAAAGGGGAGGGAGGACUUAUCUAGGGAGUUAGGAGAUAAGGGUGCAGAAGGGCUAGAGAAUUCUUACACAUGGGCAUUGAGGCCACCCUUGUCACUUACUAACCCACAUACCCUUUUCACCACCCACAUGUCUACUCUGAUGCCCCCAAGUUAACUGGGCAGCUAGCUGGCCCCCUAAUUCUGGGGCUGUAUUGUUUUAUUACCAGGGCAUCCCAGCAAGCUUUCCAAUGACCCCCUGGGUGGGCCCCCUGGGAUCAAGCCCCUCCCAGACCCUGUCCCCAGCCCCUCCUGCCCCAGCCCACCCGCUUGCCUUGGUGCUCAGCCCUCCCACUGGGAGCAGGUUGGGGCGAGCUGGAGGCCCGGGCUGGAGGGGCAGUGUUGUUCAUAGCUUUUGUUCCAUUGGUGUUGCUCUGUUGGAUUUCAUUUCAGUCUUCCUGAUUCUUCCCUUCUGUAAAGUGUACAUUACCAAGUUCCUUGUUUUUUUAUAUAUAUAUAUAAAUAUAUAUAUAUACAAACUGUACUCUUUUUGCCUUUGUACAUUCAGGCAAGAAGAGAAAAUAAAUCUUUUUAAGAGACAAUCAAAAAUCUGUGAGGGCUGCUGGUUAUUUCUCCUGAAGUUUGCUGCUGAGCUGCCACCUCCUUCUCCCCAACUCUUCUUCCUCCCAAGCUCCCAGACUUCCCCGGGCUCGCUCCACACACGUCCUCGCUUACCCCCCUGGCUAACAGCGAGGCCCGACUACUGCCCUGUAGCCCUUUCCUGCCCACCAGUUUUCUGGCUUAGUCCAGGAGCUUGACCCUGUGACCUGACCUCUCCUCACCUUUAGAUCCCAUUCACCAAAGUGGCUUAGGACCCUUGGCAGCUCUGGGACCCAUCUCCCAGAGGCCCUGGCUUUGGACACACCUGUGAAACUAUGCAGCUGGGAGCUCUCUGCCCAAGAGUUUGCACUAUUGAAACCUGCCUGGCAGAUGAGGAUGAGCAGGAAACAGCCUCCCGAGUGCCCGGGGGGAUUGAGCAUUUGGAGUUGGUAGGCUACUGGAGUGACCCCAUGAAAACAAGGGCUAAGGGUUAAUGGGUCAAGAGCAUUUGAUCAGAAUUACCAGAAUUUCAAAGGGCAGUACAUUCUGAAAAGCCCGACCAUUGUUCAGCCUCUCCUUUCCUUGUCUGUGUUUCCCUUUCUCACUACUCCUUUUCUUAAUUGGCUUUGGAAUUGAAGUAUAUUUUUAAAUUAUUUGCUGUAUUUAUUGAAUAAAGUUUUUAAUGUC